AUGCCUCGAUACGUGACGGUGAUAGCCCUGGUGCUCGUGAUGGAGCGUUUUCAUGAAUGCGCGCCGCCGCCGCUACGUUUGACGAUCGAUUGCGGAUCUGAGGAAGAGGAUUAUCUACCGAUAGUCAGAUCAUCAGACGAAUUGUUCGACAGUUCGCGUUUCGACGUGAACUCCUUCUGCAGCAUGAUCAACCGAGCCAUACCGAAAGCUGUGGAAGAUGGUAGGUUUGUCCUCGUUGAGCCUGGACGCGACCAGAUCGGGUAUGGAGACUCACAGGUUCCAGUCGCGGUAUCGCCACCCAAGGGUUUCGUACCAAGAUUGGGCUUGCACAGGCUGAAAUCUCCAAAACUGGGAAUACCGAAAAUAAGCGUACCAAAGCUGAUGCCGUCGACGCGUGGCUCGAAGCCAGCACCGUCGAUAGGAGCACCAAUGUCAUUUGUCCCAUUUAAACACAGAGCGGUAGAAGAAUCGAGUGCGGAGAGAAUGGAGAAAUUCAAGAAGGGUGUGCAGAAAUUACUACACGUUGUUAAAGUUCUCGGUCAAAUAGAUCACUAUCUAUCUGAAAGGUCCAGGAUAUUGGUUGAUAAGUUGUCCAAAACUUUUUCUGAU